AUGCCACCUACCACUGAUUCCAGACCACCUCAAUUCACAUUUGCCAAUGUCUCAAGGGAUAUUUUUGAUGGAAUUCUUGCCCUCAUCAUCAACCCCCAAGCAACACGAGUCACGUAUCCACUAAUCGUCUGCAUCGCAUCAAUAAUCACCAAAAUCAUAAUUACUAGAGUCGCCUACACUGAAAUUGAUUAUACCACAUAUCUACAACAGAUCGACAAAGUGAAUGCCGGGGAAUUGGAUUAUGCCAAUAUAUAUGGAGAUUCAGGACCUAUUGUUUACCCCGCUGGGUUCAUCACUGUAUAUCAGUAUAUUCAAUGGCUAUGCGGUGAUAAUGUGAAUGAAGCUCAAUAUAUUUUUGGUUAUUGUUUUACGGCAACUGUGGCAUUGGUGUGCUUCGUUUAUGCCCAAAUUUGGGAUUUACAGCCGUGGCCGGUGUAUUUGUUUUUGGCAAGCAAGCGAUUGUUGUCGAUUUAUGUGUUGAGGUUGUUCAAUGAUUGUUGGACUACUUUGUGCAUGGUGGGAGUUGUUUUGUUGUUGCAACAAGCUGCCAUGUUUAAAGAAGUGGAGAAGAUAGAGGAGAAGAAGGAGAAAGACCAAAAGCUGGAGGUUGUUAAGAGUAAGGAUCGGAAAAAUGAGAAGGGGAAGAAGGGGAAGAGUGAAGAAGCAUCACAGGUGAUUAAAGAAUCUCCAUGGCCUGACCUUAGUUUCUUGUUGAGCAUAAUAGCUGCUGACUUAUACAGUAUUGCCAUCUCAAUCAAAAUGAAUGCAUUGUUAUACAUGCCUGCUUUCUUCAUCGUAACCUACUUCCUAAACGAUGAACACUUGAUCAAAUUCAUCAUUGUUGUCGCUAUAAUCCCCUUGGUGCAAAUUAUAAUUGGCUGGAGGUUCCUCUUGCUUAUGUUUGAUGAUGAUUUGGCACGGACAAUUAGAUGGAACUAUAUCACACAAGCAUUCAAUUUUGGUCGACAAUUUUUAUAUAAAUGGACAGUCAAUUGGAAAUUUGUGCCUGAACCUAUAUUCACAUCGAUUCAAUUUGGACAUGCAUUAUUAGCCCUUCAUUUAGCUGUGCUUGUUGGCUUCACGUAUACCAGGUUUCUCAAUUACAAAGUGAUUGGUAAGCCCAUCACCCAGUUGAUGAAGGAUGCAUUUAUCCCCAAAGCCACCAUAUUGCCAACAAAUAUCUUUCUUGAUAAACGUGUGGCACCACAAGUCAUUUUUUACUUUAUGGCCAUCACGAACCUCAUUGGCAUCUUGUUCUCACGUUCACUUCACUAUCAGUUUCUUGCAUGGUACGCAUGGACAUUGCCUGGCUUACUCCAUUUGAACUUCCCAGUAUAUGUUGGUGUACCAUUAUGGUUCAUCCAUGAGUGGUGUUGGAAUGUGUUUCCAGCAACAGCAAUAAGCUCAGCUGUCUUAGUACUGUUGUUGCUGCUAAUUUUGGUGUCUAGUUGGUGGAAUUUUGAAUCCUGGUUUCCUAAACAAAGCACAUUGGAUGACUAUGAUACAUUUGUACAAAACGAACAACACUUGCCAAUUAAAAAAGAUGAGUAA